AUGGCUACCCCCAGUGUCCUUACCUUUGAUGCUGAGGGUCUUGCUGUUGACUUUGAGGUCCGGGUCGAUGACCUCCAGCUUUUCCUACAGUGCGAUAGGGCAGACGGACUCUCCCUGUUCGAUCUCACCUCUGGUGCCUCUCCUGCCCCGCCUGCUACUGCUGACAGCACUGUUCGCUCACAGUGGGCCACACGCGAUGCUGCUGCCAGUCUUGCUGUGCGUCGCCACUUACCGACCGCUGAGCGUGCGCACUUUAGUCAGUACAAGAGUGCUAAGACCUUGGGUGUUCCCCCUCCCCCCUCUUGCACUCUGUUGCUUCUGCUGCUGCGGCCGACCUCGUUGGCUUCGAGUCGGUCGGCGCUGCGUCUGCCCCUAGCGGGAGACGCCGCACCGGCAAGGGAAAGGGGGGCAAGGGCGCUGGAGGGGCUGGCGGGGGCGGUGGAGGUGGCGGUGGAGGCAGUGGAGGGGGUGGGGGUGGUGGUGGGAGUGGUGGCGGGGGUGGAGGUGUCGGUGGCAGCAGUGGAGGCGGAGGAGGCGGCGGCGGUGGCGGUGGGAGCGGAGGCGGCGGAGGUGGCGGAGGCGGCGGCGGCAGCGGUGGAGCUGGUCGCGGCUCUGCGCAGAGGAGUGGUUCCGGUGGUGGUCCGCGCCAGCAGCAGCAGCGCACUCGUGAGAUCCCGUCCCCCUAGCACCUUCGUGAGUGGUACGCUGGGCGUCAGCGAGUGCGGGGGCCCGCACUCCACCCAGCGCUGCUUUGGCCGCCUGACGGACGCGUGGCAUCACCAGUUCCCUGACGCCACUGAGAUCCCUUGCUGGGGAGAGCUGUCUAGGGCGGGGGUUGCUAUCUUUGAUCUUGAUUAUGAUGCUAUUCUUGCUGCCAUGUAUACUGUGUCUACUAGUGAUGAGGGUGACUGUUACCUGUGUGUUCCGCCUGACCUGGGCAUUGAGGCUGCUGCUCUAGGUGCUGGUGAGGCUGCUGCUCUAGGUGCUAGUGCGUCCGCUGCCCCAGGUGCUGGUGAGUCUGCUCUCUCAGGUACCACGUCGGCUCAGGCCUUACACACCUUCACCCUUGACUCGGGUGCUUCCCGCUCCUUCUUUCGAGACCGCACCACGCUUACGUCGCUUAGUCGGCCGGUUGCGGUCUCCCUGGCGGACCCCUCUGUCAAACAUUAUAUAUAG